CUGUUUAACUGAUUAGGUGAUAAGCAACAGGUCAGUUCAUGUGAGCUUAGAGGCUGUUUAAUGUCCAAUCGCAGCUGCACGGACUUAUAAUCAGCUUACUGGAGAAGGUGCUCAGCGAUGGUCCGACGUGUGGCAGUAGUUGGAGCAGGCAGUUCUGGUCUGGUCUGUAUCAAGAGCUGUGUUGAGGAGGGUCUGGAGCCGGUUUGCUUUGAAAGCAGUGAUGACAUUGGCGGCCUGUGGAGAUUUAAGGAGUCACCUGAGUCAGAGCGAUCCAGCAUCUAUCGCUCCUUGGUGUGCAACACUUCCAAAGAGAUUAUGUGUUUCAGCGAUUUUCCCAUGCCUGCUGACUAUCCAAACUACAUGCACCACUCCCAGCUGCUGCAGUACUUCAGGCUCUAUGCUGAGCACUUUGACCUGCUCAGAUACAUUAAUUUCCAGACCACAGUAAGCAGUGUUACACAAAGGCCGGAUUUCUCUCUGUCCGGUCAGUGGGACAUUGUGACCAUUAACAGGGAUGGAGAGGAAGAGAGACACAUCUUUGAUGCAGUUCUGGUGUGUUCAGGCCAUAACACUCAUCCGGCCUUACCCCUGUCAGACUUUCCAGGAUAUGAGAUGUUUUCUGGCAAGUGUUUUCACAGCUGGGAAUAUAAAGAUGCAGACACCUGUCGAGGAAAGAGGGUGGUGGUGGUUGGCAUUGGCAAUACUGGAGGAGACAUUGCAGUGGAAAUUAGUAGAUCUGCAGAGAAGACAUUUCUCAGUACGCGACAGGGAGGCUGGGUGAUUGGCAGGAUGUCCAGUAACGGUCUUCCCCUGGACCUGACAGUUAUCACCAGGUUCAACAACAUCCUCACACUGCUUCUUCCCAAGACUCUGGUCAACUGGGCAGUAGAGAGAGCAGUGAACCAAAAAUGUGACCACACACUGUAUGGCCUGAAGCCCAGAUACAGACCUUUGGAAAGAAGACCUACGAUCAAUGAUGACCUUCCUGGUCGAAUCCUUCAGGGAGCGGUAGUAAUAAAACCCAAUCUGAAAGGCUUUGAGGCCUCUGGAGUUGUAUUCGAAGAUGGCACUGUGGAGGAAAACAUUGACGCUGUGGUCUUCUGUACAGGUUAUAAUGUAAACCUUCCAUUCCUGCCUCCUGUGCUAUUUGAGGGGCCUGACAGGGAGUUGACAUUGUACAAGAGAUUGUUUCCUCCGUCUCUAUCACAACCCACACUGGCCGUCUUGGGUCUUUUACAGCAAAAAGGACCAUUCAUGCCCAUUGUGGAAAUGCAGACGCGGUGGGCUGUAAAGGUCUUUGCAGGUUUGAGCCAUCUACCAUCUAAGGAGAAAAUGCUGGAGGUCAUUGAGUCUGAGAGGAAGAGAAACAUGAAAAGCUACUGCUGCCCACGACAGGCGGCUCGCCUGGUAGAUUACAUCCCUUACCUGGAUUUCAUGGCUGAUGAGGUAGGCGUUCGACCAAACUUCCUAAGACUACUCCUGAGAGAUCCUGUGCUCUGGGUGAAGGUCUUCUUUGGUCCCUGUACGCCAUAUCAGUAUCGUCUCACUGGGCCAGGACAGUGGGCCGGAGCCCGUCAUGCUAUCCUCACUCAGUGGGAGCGGGUGGCUCAGCCUUUCAGAACCAGAGUGGUCCCAGAACAGGGAAGCAGGUCAUGGGUCCUUUUUUCUCCCCAGCUGCUCACAUAUGGAGGAAUUGUGAUUGUGGCUGUGCUGCUGUCUAAAAAUGCUGCAAAAAUUAUUCCAGUCUUGCAGGGUGCAGGUCAGAUUCUGGACAGGUGCAAGAUUUUCAUGAGGGACUACUGACAGUUUCAGAGUCACCUGCUCACUACAAUGCAGCAUGUAGAAAAUCCAGAAUUGAGGAUAACUGAUGAAGAAAGAACAUGUGUCCAAGAAUUUAAAAUUCCAAGGGGAAAGAAAACAUGGUUUUAUACUCUGAACAGAGAGGUUUAGACAUAAUGAGAGCUUUCAUAAAUUAUCUGAGUUAAAGGAAAUAAAACUUUUUGGAAAACAGUUGUUUUAUACACAAAGUGAAGCGUGUAACUAUACCCACUGGGGGUGGAAGGGGCUGUAGACUGAAGAACCAAAGCCUGCAUUGACACCAGAGCAACCAAAGCCUGUUGUGAUACUCCAAGGGUCAAAGUCUGCUGUGACUCCUGAACAACAACCCACCAUGACAACCGAACUAUAGCAAGGUGCUGCUGUGAAAACCAGUGACCAGAUGGAGAGCUACCUUGAGAAGACCUAACAAGGUGUGAUUCAGAUCCCUGAGCUUGAGCUUCAUUGGCUUGUGGGCGAGAAGGAGAAGAUAUCUACACUGGUAAAAGAAAUGGUGGCCUUGCUCAAUGAGAGAGCAGUUGAAACAACUGCUCAACAAUCAAAGGGCAGCGGCAAACCAUGAGUUGGGGGUCCUCCUGGUUGAGCUUUCUAAAAAACCAAAGCUUGCUGUGACACCUGGGGAACCAAAUCCUGCUAGGACACUCGGAGAACGAAAGCCUGAAACAACUGCUCAAAAAUCAGAGGGCAGAGGAAAACCAUGAAUUGGUGUCCUCCUGGUUGAGCUUUCUAAAAACAAGAAGACAGAAAGGGAUGCUAUCCUUAGAAGUGAAAAGCUAGAGGAAGUUCUCGAAAAUGAAAAUGAUUGAGAAGACACUUGAGGAGAAGGAGGGAGAGAGAAAAAAAUCAGAUGGGUGAGGUCCAGAAAAAGCCGAAGAAAAGAUCUAUGAGGAAAAGAUUCCUCCUGGUCGGACCCCUACUCCAUCUGACCUCUGACCUCCUCUGCCACACCCUUUAAACCUGCACCGAAGAAUGUAUAUCUUUCUCUAAACCAAUCUACAUUUAUCACAGUCUGAAUCAUACAGAAUCCUUCAGGUAAAGUUUGAAUAAAUGAAUGAAUGUGAAUGAAACAUUUGAUGGUCAGUGCAAAUACUGCCCACUAAACUUGGGCAAACACGAUCAGUUUUCUGUGGAUUCUGGGAAUUGAACCUGGCUUUUACACUUGAAGUGUUCAUGUCACCCUGCACGUAGGUCUACACACACCGUUUGGCUGAAGAGUCUUCAUGAAAGCACUCCCCUGACUGCUGUGAAACUAGGGACCGUGUUUUUGACCUAUAGGUCUAAACUUUAACACUAUAUGAUAAGUAAAUUAAGUAGUAACAAUCAAUGUCAUAUUUUAUAUUGAUAUUUCUCUUCUCUCACCUGGUUGUUUUGCAAUGGUGAGCCACCAUAAAUUAAACUCAUGUCGCCACACUGUUACUAGCCACCCUAACACCUGUUGAAAAAGCUAGCGGUUAGCAUACAUGCUUAUCUGUUCAUUCUGUCAUGUUUUUUAAUGCAAAAUAUUAUUUGAGGUGCAAGUGUUAAAAUAAAUGUUUUACACCACACAUGGCCAUCUUUAUUUUGGAUGCAUUUACAAUGUCUCGACUAGACUACUGUAAUUCUUUGUAUGUUGGACGAGAUCAGUCAUCUCUCCAUCAGUUACAGUAUGUAGCAGCUUGACUUCUAACCAGAACUGAAAAUGCAUGAGCACAUUACCCCUGUUUUAGCCUCGCUCCACUGGCUUCCCAUCCGCUUUAGGAUUGAUUUUAAGAUUUUAUUGCUUGUCUUUUUUUUAUCAGAACAUUUACAUGUACACACUCCGGUCAAAGCACAUCAGUUCAUCCAAUCAGAUGCUCCCUGAUGUCCCCAGAUCCAGGUUAAAAACUAAAGGUGUCCGGGCCUUUUCAGUAGCUGCUCCUAAUCUUUGGAAUUCUUUACCUGUUGAAAAAAAAGAAUUGCCCAGACUGCUGGCACUUUCAAAUCAUUGCUAAAGACCCAUCUCUAUUCAUUGGCCUUCAAACAGAGUUGAGUAGGGACAUUUUUGACCUUUUCUACAGUUGUCAAGUAUAUUUGUUGUGUAUUCUGAACCUGGAAAGCACUUUGGUCAAAUAGUGUUGUUUUUAAGUGUGCUAUAUAAAUAAACUUGAACUUUGCAAAUGCUA